AUGGAUAAUCCCCAGCACUACCAGCCCCUAUCUCAUGCCCUACAUCCCCCUUCAACCAGCUCUAGCCGACCGCUUGUAUCCCACUACACCCCAAAUAGUCAUCUAGGGUCCUAUGCACAACCACAAAAGCCGGCCGAGCCAACGCCCACAACCGGUGCACGACCCGUUGCCGAGGAGGAGGAGGAGGAAGAGGAAGAGGAGGAAGAUGACGACGACGAAGGCCUCGUGGAGGAGCAGUUGAACCAAAACGACGAUAUCCACGGCAGUGAUCCGUCGUCUCCUAAAUUGACCACAUCCACUGAAGAUCACAGUGCUACCGCGCCCCAAAGCGCCCACACUAUCCCGACGCAUGAUGAAACCUCCUCUCCUGCUCCCGAGCAAAAACGCCGACCGGGGAGGCCAAGAGGUUCCAAAAAUAGGCGCCCAAGAGUAGGUUCAGCAAAGCACGAUUCGCAGAUCUAUCACCCUGGACAAUCUCAAGCACCUACCUCGACACCAUCUGCCGUGCCACAGCAUCCGAACAUCAGCCCUUCAAAUCAGCAAUACUACGAAUUUCAGUGGCGUGUUCUCAAUCUUUGCGCAGAAUUCUACGGAGCGGCUGAGGAACUUGUGAAAGGAACCUCGCCUCUUGUCGUGGCUCAGUGCUACCACAUGGGACCCAGCGCAAAGAUUGAUCCCUUAGUGAUGCUAGGUGAAGCCAAACGUAUUUGUGACACGCUGCUUGCCAACCCAUCGCAACUCGUUACAAAUCCGCCACCCCCUAUGUAUCCUGUGAUCACUCCCAUAUAUCAGCCUCCAGUGGUUACCCCGCAGGCAACACCUGCGCCCUCAACCUCAACACCCGCUCCCUCCACCUCUACACCAACAGCACCCGCUCCGGUUAUAACGAACCCACAGUCGUUUGUUGUACCCUUAGGGGCGCAGCCUGGGUAUCCUCAUCCGCAGUAUCCUGUAUAUGCUGCAGGGGCAUAUACAACCACACCGUAUUAUCAGUAUGCGGCAUACACCCCUGGAGGAUACUACCCAACUCCCGUGCCACCCCAACACAUGGUGUCAACUCCUGCAGCUGGAACACCCGCCCAGCCCACGGCCAAAAUCACGACAACACCUGCAACAGGUGGUACUGUAAUAGGAAAUCAGGGUGCAUGGUCGGAGGAAGAGAAUGAGAGGUUGAAGAAAUUGACGGAAGAAAGUCGAUCAAAAGGCCCUUCUGGUGACAUUGAAUGGGACUGGGUAGUUCAAGAAUGGGGAAUCAGUAGGACAAGGCAAAUCUUAAUCCGUGCCACUGCUUUGGGGCUAAAGGAGAGUUCAACACGGGCAACCAAACGAAGACGAGGAGACGACCAGCCAGACGCCCCAAUGUCCUCAUUACAAACAUCUAAUUCCAAUACAUCUAGUGCCUCUGUCCCAGCAACAAUGGCCAUGCCUAUCUCUUCGCCCGCUCACAGUACCAGUCAGACUGGCUCUACUCCAGCGGCUUCACCUGCCUUGCAACAUCAACAGCGACCGUCCUCUUCUAAAGGUCCUAGUUCUCUUGCUCCCCCGGCGGCAGCACCAGCAGCACCAGCUGCUAAGUUGCCGUGGCCAAUGCCAACAGUAGCGGUUAGCACACCGCCCACCGUCAUCCAGGCGCCUUCGCACGACCAACAGCAGCGGUCUAGCUAUUACCGACCCCGCCCUAAUCAAACGGACCAAGCGCCUAAGCAGCCGAUUAUACCUCCACAGCAGCCCGCAUCUCACCAGUAUACGAUGUAUCCUUCGAAUGGCCAGGGCAUGCGACCCAAAGAGAACGGGAAAUGA